CUUCUACUUCUUCUUCCCCAUUCUCUACUUCAAAUACAUUUCAUUUCUCUAACUUUUUAUUAAUAUUCCCGCUUGACUACUAUCUCUUCCAUUAUAUCUAAACCUAAAUCAUUAAGAUCUCUAGUUACUUUUCUAAAAGAAAUAUAUAUAUCUUGUGUGCUUUUCUCUAUUUGACAGGCAUGGCUGGUCUCGAUCUAGGCUCAACCUCUCGUUACGUCCACAACGUCGGCCAAUUCUCCACCGACAACCACCACGAAGAUGAUGGUGGCGCUGGAGGAAACCACCAGCAUCAAGGUUUAGAUUUAAUAGUAUCUAAUGACAACUCUGGACUAGGUGGUGGCGGAGGAGGAAGCGGCGACCUCGUUAUGCGUCGGCCGCGUGGCCGACCAGCUGGAUCAAAGAACAAACCGAAACCUCCGACCAUCGUCACGCGCGAGAGCGCAAACACUCUUAGGGCUCACAUUCUCGAAGUCGGAAGUGGCUUCGACGUUUUCGAGUGCAUCUCCACUUACGCGCGGCGGAGACAGCGAGGGAUCUGUGUUAUGUCCGGAACCGGAACCGUCACUAACGUGAGCAUCCGUCAGCCGACAGCGGUCGGAGCUGUUGUGACUUUGCGAGGCACUUUCGAGAUUCUUUCUCUCUCUGGAUCUUUCCUUCCGCCGCCUGCUCCUCCAGGAGCUACGAGUUUGACGAUAUUAAUCGCUGGAGCUCAGGGACAGGUCGUCGGAGGUAACGUUGUUGGAGAGUUGAUGGCGGCGGGGCCGGUGAUGGUCAUGGCGGCAUCUUUUACGAACGUGGCUUACGAAAGGUUGCCUUUGGACGAGCAUGAGGAGCAGUUACAAGUCCAAAGCGGCGGUGGAGGCGGAGGUAAUAUGUACUCGGAAGCUACCGGGGGUGGCGGUGGCUUGCCGUUCUUCAGUUUACCGAUGAGUUUGCCUCAUAUGGUAGGUGAACAUUGGCCGGGGAAUUCUGCCGGCGCCGGUAGGGCUCCGUUUUAGCUUCUGUUUUUUAAAAAAACUUCUAUUUGUUUUUUUUUACUCUUUUAUUUUCACGGAAUUUAUGGAAUUGUAAUUUUUUCUUACAUAACAAUUGUUCGUGUAUUGAUCCUUCGUUACAUGUUUUGUUUUUAGUUUUCACUUAGGUUGCCGAUUUAUUUUUCAAGUUUCUAAAACUACAUUCGAAUUAAUACUAGCAUCUAUAUAUAAUCGAUUUGUUGUUUAUUUUUCUCAGUUAUUUUGUAUCCAUAUGUAAUGCUUCGAGUUCUCUGUU